UUGCCCAAAACGAGACGAGUCUUAAAAUAAUACACUGGAAAAUUACGCUCACGCAAUUUUUGGGCUCAACGCAGCAAAUUCCAGUUAAAAACAAAAUGUUAAGGGCCAUAAAAAGAAUACCAAUUUUUCAAUAGCAGACACAAAUUUUUUCCACCAACAUCGACGACGGCGACGAAAUCGAUACGUAAGAAAGAAAAAAAAUUUUUUGUGAAUUUUUUCACAUUCUAAGUGAAAAUCUUAUUUGAAUUGUAAUUAAAAGUGAAAGAAAAGCAUUUAACUGUGGCAAAUUUUAAGAAAAACCAAUGGCUAAAAAGGAAACGAUGUCCAAGAAAAGUAUGGGAAAAAAUUUGAUUUUACUUGAAUUAAAUUGAAAAUCAAUCGAUACAAAACGAAAAACUAAAAAACACCAAACAGUAAAUUAAUAAUAGACAGAAAAUAAAAGAAAAACACAAAUAAUUUGGAAAAACAAUCAUAAUUCUGAAAUACAUUUACACAAAAAACACAUACACACCCCCUAAAAGUGUGCUAGACAAAACACAAAAAACAGAAACAAAAAUUAAAGCAUAAAGUAGAGGCUAAAACAAAACUAAAUUUAUAAAUAAACAAGAAAAUGCAGCCCCCUCCGCGUAAGGGCAACUAUGUGAAGUUCUUGAAGAAUUUGCACACGGAACAAGUGGCAAAGUUGCAAUUGAAGAAUCAACAUGAAUGCGAUUUGCUGGAGGACAUACGCCAAUUCACCAUCAAGAGGUCUGCCAUUGAGAAAUCUUAUAGUGAGGCGUUACUUAAGAUAUCUUCACAAUACUUGAAUAAGAAAAUUCCCAAUAUACCAGACAUUAAAAUGGAGGGAAUGGAAGAAAGGUGGAACAUGUGGAGUGUUUGGCGAACAGUUUUGGAGGAAAAUGAAAAACUAGCUCGUGCUCGUUUGGCCGCCAUUGAAGUGUUUCAACAACAAAUCGCAGACGAGGCGAAAGUUUUGCGCGAUUAUAAGCUGGCCAUUUCGAAGAGAUCUCUUUCGCAAAUUGUAAAUGUUCAAAAGGAACUGCAUUUGAGUGUUGGCGAUUUGGAUAAAACGAAAAAACAAUAUUUCGAUGAAGAGCAUUGCGCUCAUGAUGUGCGCGAUAAGGCUCGAGACAUAGAAGAGAAAUUGAAAAAGAAAAAGGGUUCAUUCUUUCAAUCGAUUACCUCGCUUCAGAAGAAUAGUGCUCGUGUGACCUCACGCAAAGAGCUGUUGGAAGAGAAAUCCACUGGGGCUCGUAAUGAUUACAUUUUGAGUUUGGCUGCGGCCAAUGCUCAUCAGAAUCGUUAUUUCACCGUUGAUCUGCAGACAACAAUGACUACCAUGGAGAAUUAUGUAUUUGAACGAGUGGCCGAAUAUCUUACCCUAAUGGGUCGCACCGAAUUGUUGACCUGUUCAGCCACUCAGAAUUCUUUCGGGAAAAUACGCGAUCAAGCUCAACAGUUGACUCGGGAAUACAAUUUGCAGUGUUGUUAUCUAUUCUAUCCGGUGUUAAAACAACAUAUUCAGUAUGAAUUUGAGCCAUGCGAUAAUGAUCCUGUACGCAAGGUUACCACAGAACAUGAAUCAGCUGUGGAAACUUUAACCAAGGAGGCUAAGAAUUUAGCUGGUAGAGUUGUAAAGGAAAAUGUCUCUAUUAGGGAAAAUGCCAAGAAAUUGGCCGUGUGUGUUGCUCUACGUGAUUCGGGUCAACGUAGUGAUCCUAAUGACCCUAAUGGUCCUGAUCUUGAUACGAAGAUUGAAGAAUUCCGUGAUUUGAUUAGAAGAUCCGAAACCGAAAAGGCUAAAGCAGAAGCUUGCUUACAGUGCUUGCGUGAGGGUGGCAUAAAUGUAGAUGAAUGGGUGCAGGAAGCUGAAAUAAUGGGAGCUCAAGAAUUAACACGUUCGGCCAGUUCGAUUUCAAUGCGCACCGAUGCUUCGGGUCAAGGGGAAAAUCCUAGUUCAGAUUCAUUUUAUGAUAGCGAUAAGGAAGAAGCAGCUGGUGGUGCUCCAGCAGCUAGCAAACUCAAAGAAGAACCACAACUAUCAAGAGAUAAAACAUUUAGCGAUAGUGAUGAAGAAACCGAAGAACAUAUACCAGAGCCAGUGUCUCAAAUGCAAAUGAUGUCUUCGAAUACUGGUUGGGAUGAUCCCACAGAGGUUAAUUGGGAUAAUGAUCAGGAAGAGGAAGAAGAAAAAGAAGAACCUAUUGUUCCUGAACCCAAAGAAGCCAUAUUUAAAUGCACUGCUUUAUACAGUUACACGGCACAAAAUCCAGACGAGUUGACCAUUGUGGAAAACGAACAAUUGGAGGUUAUUGGUGAGGGAGAUGGCGACGGCUGGUUACGUGCUCGUAAUUAUCGUGGCGAAGAGGGUUAUGUUCCCCACAACUAUUUGGAUAUUGAACAGGAAACACCUGUGAAUGGUAGUUCUGCCAAUCAAUUGCGCUCACAAAUUUCCUUCUCAUCUGUUGAUUAUACUGUUGAUAAUGAAGAUCAAACUGUGGACUCUAUGCAAUCACCGGACCAAGUAUCGGUUAUAAUGGCUCCUCAAAAGAAGAAAUCCGAAGUAAUGUAUUGCAUUGCUCUAUAUGACUACGAUGCUACCGCCGAGGAUGAACUCACUUUCGAAGAGGGCCAAAUCAUAAAGAUUGUUACAAAAACAGCUCAUGGCGUUGACGAUGGUUGGUGGGAAGGUGAACUAGAUGGUAAAUUUGGUAAUUUCCCUUCUUUGGUGGUGGAGGAGUGCGAUGAAAAUGGCGAACCUUUAACAGAGGGCGGUGAAGAAUCACCACCACCCACAGCUCCUCCUAGUUUUGCCCUACCACCUGCCCCAGCAUUGCCACCAGAGUAUGCUCAUGAGCUAACCGAAGAUAUGUUUGGUUCACAAGAUACAGCUGAUGAUGACAGUGGCUAUAUACCCAAUGGGGCUGUACCCAGUAUGCCUCCACCAGCACUGAAAAAAACUACUAUUAAAAAGGUCCUUAUACAAGAACCAGGAGAUGAGGACGAUAUGGACGAAGAUGGUAGUAGUAUGCCACCACCAUCACAGCCACCACCGGCUUUACAUGCAACAACAAAUGCCGCCAAGGUAACCAAGGAUGCUGGAAAUAAUUUAAAUUUAGGUAUGGCACAAAUUAUUGUAACCGCUGCAACCCCAAUGGUUGAAGACGGAUCCGAUAAAUCUUUCCCUCCAAUAGCAGAGAGAGGAGGUGGUAAUGAGGAUGACUCAAGGGAAUCUGGUAGCCAGGGUAAUGCUAAGGGCACAAGUGCUUCCACAAAGGAGGAAGGCGUGACCAAGACGGUGGCAGCAGGGGAAGCCAAACAAACGGAUCAGAGCAAAAUUAUUGAAGGUAGGCAACAAGUUAUGGACGCACCAAGUGUAACUGUAACCCUAACCUCGCCCACACCCAAUCCAGAGGAUUUACCAUCUUCCGACCAAGAUUCAUCCGAAGUACAACCGUUAGAUGAGGCUGAAGAUCCAUUCAAUGAAAAGGCAACUGCAGGCACUACAGAGGCCAGUGGGGCUUUUGAGGCAAAUUUUGAGGCCAAUUUUGAUGCAAAUUUUGAUGAUGCCUUUGCCAGCAGAGGCGGAGGACCACAGAGCAUGGAUGAAUCGAAACAGGAAGAUGUUGAUGUCGGUGCACCCAAACAGGUGGUUGGCGGUAGAGCUAGUAUACCCGAGGAAUUGGAUUCGAAUCAAUUGGAAAGAUUACAAAAUCUUAAAGAAUCGAAUGCUUAAUUUGAAUGAAAUACAAAACCAAAAAUAACCUAUAAAUUAUUAAAAAAAAAUUAUAUAUGUAUUAACUAUAUUUAUACAUAAUUACACAUACACAAACCCCAUUUUCAAAAAGCAAUCAGACACAAUACAAUUUAAAGUAAACAAACGAAAAUAUUUUGCAACAACAAGAUACAAAUAACAACGAUCUCCUAAUUCAAUACUCAAUAAUAAGCAUGUACUCUCUAACCACAAAUUGUGUCUUAAUAAGUAAGAGUUAAACAUAUUCGGCAGUGUCGAAUUGAAUAUAUCCUUCAUUAUAAAAAUCUUCUAGCUGGAGAUAUGAAAACUAUUCUUGCCGUCCUGCUCGUGUACUUUAUUCAAUAAUAACGUUGUGAAAGUAAAAACUCGUCACUCGAUGACAUUGGGAUAUAACCACUUUUCGUAAAUGCGAGGAAUUCGUUCUGAAAAACUAAUGAUUGCAUUAGAUAUGAUGAAGGGUAUAAAUAAAAACUGGUUAAAUGAAUUAAAGUAUGAACAAUACAGUAUUAAAUAUUUAACAAUGUUAAUUCUUUCCGAAAAAUAUAUGGGGACCAGGUCAUGUGGUGAUUUCUAAUUUUUCUAUUUUCUAAAUUAUCAACAUUCCUAUGUUGGAAGCUUCUCAGUUCCAGUUCAGUUCAGUUCAGUAGUUCAGUUCAGUUCUAGUUCAGUUCUAGUUCAGUUCUAGUUCAGUUCUAGUUCAGUUCUAGUUCAGUUCUAGUUCAGUUCUAGUUCAGUUCUAGUUCAGUUCUAGUUCAGUUCUAGUUCAGUUCUAGUUCAGUUCUAGUUCAGUUCUAGUUCAGUUCUAGUUCUGUUCUAGUUCUAACUAUUAUUAACUAUAUUUACUUUCAAAUAAAUGUUAAAUGAUCUGACACUAAAAUCACAAUUUUGUAAAUUUUUCACAACCAUACGUAUACUUUAACACAUAAAACAAAUUAAUCAAUUAAUACACAUACUACAAUACAACAAAAACUAUACUAAAUUAGGGAAUUAUAAAAACCAAGAAUAUAUAUUUAUAUUUUUAUUUUUAAUAUUAAUAUUAUUUAUUAAAAAAAAAACAAUUAAGUGUAAAUAAUACUAAUUGAGCAAAAAUAAUAUGAAUGUAUUUCACAAUUGUGCUUAGUAAUUAAAACAAACAAAUAUAUAAAUUAAAAUAGAACAAACUGAAUUUAAUGUUAAAUGUCAUACUACCAACCCAAUACAAUUUUCUAAACUAAUUAAAAAUAUAUGGCCACACUAAUUAAUCCAAUCGUGGCAGUGCCUCAAAAAAAUUAAAUUUACCCAAAAACAGGAAACAAAAUUCAGUACAUACAUACAUAUAUAAAAUACUGCCUUGCUGUUAAAUCAGACUCAGAAAAAUAUAUAUUUUAAGGCGGUAUGUAUAAACAUUUCUCUGUUUUCUUCAAACUUUAAAUUGAAAUGAAAAUAAGUAAUGACAUCUUUGUAUAAUACCAGUAAAUUUCAUUUACAAUUUGAAACUCUUGUCAAUUGUUUAAAGAGAAACAAAAUUUAGCAAACAAUACUGCGCAACAAAUUAUAAAACACAAGUUUGCCAUAUUAAAAUAUAAUAUUUCCUGAAAAUAAACUCUAAAAUUAAUAUAUAUUUUUCAUUUGAAAAUCCUUUAAUGCCAACUUAGUUCAAUAUUUGUUACAGUAAGGCGGGACAAAUCCUUGCUUACAUUUAAAUACUUAACAAUAUAUGUAGUAUAAUUAAAAUAUUUACAUAACAAAACACAGCAUAUUACACCUACAUACUAUACAUACAUAUAUACAAACAAUAUUAAAAACACAUACAUACAUAAAUGUGUAUAGUACCUUUAAUUUGCCAAUAUUACUUUAAAUUAAUAACCAAAAUAAAUUUAUCAAUUUAAUAACUUAGCUGUUUUUAAAAUUGCCUACAAUACAAAAAAAAAAAUACAUUUACAAACAUAAUUUGUUUAUAAAUUUAAAAGCAAUUUCAUUAAAAUGCAUUAACUUAAACAAAACUGGCCUCUAGAUAAUUUAAAAAAGUCUCAUUAUAUAACUAUAAAUAAAAUUAUUGUUUAAAUUAAUUAUUUGUUUUGAAAAUGUAUAACUGCUUUAAUAACUAAAUAAAUAUUUUUUGUUUAUUUUAAACUGAUGUUUAGUAAGUUGUACGUAAUAAUUUGUUAAAUGUUUUUUAUAAUAUACAAAUUUCAAUAUAUAAGAAUGAAUAUUAUAUAUAAAUUAUUGUACGUAUGUAUAUGUUAUUCUAUUCUAUUUGACUAGAAAAUAUUUUGUUUUUAUUUAUAAAAUAUCUUAAUAAUAAGAAGUAUAUUAUUAAUAUAACAUUACAUAACACAAAAUGUCAAAUAUUUUUCCGCCAUAUAUGUCAUGUAUGAACCUUUGUUCCAUUAUUAAUAAUAAUUAACAGAAAUAAUAAACAAAAAAAGAACAAAAACAAAAAA